AGAAGAACAAACGAAAGAAACCGAAGAAGAAGAAGACGCAGGAGGGCAGCUCCUGUCAGUAAAGUUACAUCAGGAUCUAUGGCCUCGUACCUGUGGGGAAUGUGUGUGUAUAUGAAGGACAGGCUUUAACAGGCAGUAUGAGUGGUCAAAGUCGUGCGUCUCCUGCCAGUGAUGGCAUUACUCCACUCCAACAGAUGGUGGCGUCCUGCUCCGGAGCCCUCCUCACAUCUCUGUUUGUUACACCUUUGGAUGUUGUUAAGAUCAGACUGCAGGCACAGAUGAAUCCCUUCCCCAAAGGAAAGUGUUUUGUCUACUGUAACGGACUUAUGGACCACAUAUGUGUGUGUGACAAUGGCAACUCCAAAGCUUGGUACAAAGCCCCUGGUCACUUCAGUGGAACACUGGAUGCCUUUGUCAAAAUAAUCCGCCGUGAAGGAAUCAAGUCGUUAUGGAGUGGCCUCCCUCCAACCCUGGUGAUGGCAGUCCCUGCUACAGUGAUCUACUUCACAUGUUACGACCAGCUGUGUGCGGUGCUCAGGGUUAAGAUGGGCGACCGGGCAUCGGAGGCUCCUCUUCUGGCUGGAGCCAUCGCUAGAGUGGGUUCAGCGACAGUGAUCAGUCCUCUGGAGCUGAUCCGCACAAAGAUGCAGUCUCAGAAACUGACGUACAGGGAACUGACCGACUGUAUCCGCUCAGCCGUGGAAGCAGAGGGUCGUCUGUCCAUGUGGCGAGGUCUUGGCCCCACGCUGCUGCGAGACGUGCCCUUCUCAGCCAUGUACUGGUACAACUAUGAGAAGGGCAAGGCGUGGCUGUGUGAACGGUAUAACACCAGGGAGCCAACAUUUGCCAUCACCUUCGUAUCUGGAGCCUCCUCUGGCUCGUUUGCGGCCAUUGUAACACUCCCAUUUGAUGUUGUCAAAACAAGAAGGCAGGUGGAGCUGGGAGAGCUACAAGCAAGAAAUUUGUCACAUCAAGUGUCGUCCUCCACCUUCAGCGUAAUGAAGAGGAUUGUGAUGCAAGACGGCUUUAGUGGACUUUUUGCAGGUUUCCUGCCCAGACUGAUCAAAGUGGCACCAGCCUGCGCAAUCAUGAUUAGCACUUAUGAGUUUGGGAAGGCUUUUUUCCGUAAACACAACCAGGAGAGGAUACACAGACCCCUGCAGACAAACACUUGAUGGAGUUUUAGUUUUUUCCUCUCCACUGUGACAACUAAUUAGACUGUAUCUGAAGGAAAAACCAAUGAUGCCAAAAAAAAGUGUUAGAAAAGGCUGCAAAAAAAAAAAAAAAAUCCAGCAUCUGUCUCAUUCUAUGGGUUCAUCUUGGGCCCACAGUCAACAUUUCAAGAUUAAUGAAAACUGGGGCUGUAGUUUUUGUGUAAUCAUGGUGACAGAUUAACCCAUUACUGUGGAUGAUCACACACAGCUUCAGCAUAACCAGACCUGCUUGACCCUUUUCUGCACUAAAAUGGAAUAUAAAUCACAAAUCUAUAUGAAACUUCUAAUUAUGUUGUUUAGAAUUUUUCUGAGUUUUAUGUUCACUACUAUAUUUUAUACAUAAUACAGUAUUUAAUAACAGAUUUUAAUAGCCAGCAGGUGGCAGUAUUGGCAUUAUUGUUAAUUUUAUUUCUAAGGUCCCAUGUGUUUGUAUCUGUGGGAUGGUGUGUAUUGUGCCUGAAGUCUUCACAUUAGAGAUGAGGGAUGAUUCUCUUUUAUUCCCCUGUGUGUCAGUGUGUCCCCUGACCGAGGGUGUUUUGAACCUGUGUGUG